UUUUUUUUUUUGAUUUAAUUUAAUUUUUACUUUUUAUAUAAUAAUAAUUAUUAUGAAGAUUCUUUUCUUACAAGUUUUAGCUGCUGUUUCUGCUGUCUCUGCUGCAUACAUUACUCCUAGACAAGCUCAACAGACAAAUCAGACUGCUAGUCAAUAUCCUGCCAAUCUUGAUGUUGGUAAACUGAAUGGAACCUGGCGCUUAACUGGUAUCACAAAUAACGCUUGGGAAGUUUAUAGAAAAAUAGCUGGCAGUAUGAACAUUGAUAUCGGAUGUAUUCAAAUUAAUCUCAUGAGUAAAUCUAAUACAAGCAUGGAUGCCUUAGCUAGUGCAUUCUUGAACAAUACGAAUGCUAACGUAGGUGUCAAUGCCUCUGCUGCUGGUGUCUUAAUGUUACCACCACAACCUGACCCAUCUGUCAAUGCCUCUGCUUAUGAAUUCCUUUGGAAUGCUUAUGCAUCACAAGUCUUUGUAAAUACAAAUCAAUGGAAGAACUUUACUAGUAUGGGCAGAGGUGUAGGAACGGAUGGUAAUAAUACCGGUAGUUCUGUCAUUCCUGGUUCUAAGCCUGUAGAAGCCAAAAUCUAUACUAAAUUGGUUGAUUCCAACGCUCAACCUGGUACCAAUACAUCUACUAACUUUGAUACUAUCUUUGUAUGGGGAACUGACUUCAAGACCCAUGAUAUCUAUCAAAAGAGACAAGCGGGUAAACCAGUCUAUGGUGUUAUUCUUUCUAGAAAUCCUACUGUUGAUGGAGCUACAUUUAACAAGACAAUGCAAUUUAUGCCUCGACAAUUUACUACUAAUGUUAGCAGUAUUAUUCAAUUGAAUGAUACUUGCUCCGUUCAACAAGCAGCUGUUCAAAGAGCAAGAAGAUAAGAUAGUCACCAAACUCGGUGAAAUAUAUAACAUAUUUAGGUUAUAUGUACACAUAUUUUUUUUAUUAUAAUUUUAUUCAUCUGUUAAUAUUAAAAAAAAAAAAAAAAAA